GUUGACAGGUUGGAUUCUUGUUUUAGUGACGUGUGAACGAGUUGUGUUCAUAUUUUGGCCAAUGAGGGCCAAGAUGCUGUGCCAGAGGAAAGUGGCGGGAAUGAUUCUGACAAUGCUAUGUGUCGUGUUAAUCGGCUUAAACUCCCAUAUCUUCUGGACAUUUUCAUUGCAUAAGGAAGAGGAUGGCUUUAUGUAUUGUGAUUGGUUACUUAACAUUGAUGAUGUCACAUUCCAUGACUUUGACAUAUUUUGGACAUGGACUGAUUUAUGUCUGGCAACAUUGUUUCCAUUCUUUAUAAUGCUUGCGUGUGAUAUCGCCAUAAUAUCACGUUUAUUUGAUGCUGAACGUAAUCGACAGAUAGUGACAUCUAUCACCAAACCAAGGACUAAGAAGUCGAAUACGAAAUCUGUUGCUAUAAUGCUCGUAUCAAUUUCCUUUACCUUCCUAGUUUUAACAUUACCAGUGCUUAUUUGCAUUGUGCUAACAGAGAGCGAAGUGUUUGAUCGUGAUGGGCCAGCCCAUGAAAAAUUGGAGAUCGCUAAGCAUUUCUGUACAUUUGUUCAACAGUUUAACUCCGUUAUUAAUUUCUGGAUGUAUUGCUUCACGGGGACCACAUUCCGACAAGAACUCAAACAAAUGCUCAAGGCAUCAUGUUUCAGACAUUUGAUUUAUUUUAGAAAAUUAAGUGCACAAACAGGGAAUUCUGGGAUGAGUUCAUCCUCUGCGUAUCCAUGGUUGAAACAUGCGGAGAACAGACUUAGCCACCCUAAUGACGUAAAUGAGGGACAACAAGCUCAUUCAUUGAUGGAAUAUGAGAUGGCAGCAGAUCCCAUUGCUCAUGGGUCUACAAAAUUGCUAUCUAUUUCCCAUCCGUGUAUCAAGAAAGAAAUGAAAUCCUAUAGCAUGGUUUGACUAAAUAAUCAUCUACGGCUGAUGACAGUGAAGACAGAGCAUGUGACAAUGU